CGCUGCGGCAACCGCCCGGCCCGGCCUCGUUAGCGCCCUAAUUAGCGCCCUGGCGGGAGCUGGCAGCCGCCCGGGCUCGGGACUUUCGGGGGGGGCCUGCCCGAAGGCAUCGGCUCGGGAAAACGCCUUAGGGGAAGAGAGCGGCCGGGAAGUGCAGUUGCGCCGCCAAAACGACGAGAAACGCCUGCUUGUACAGCCAAAAAAGGUGUUCAUCACUGUGAAGGAAAGGAGCAGGCGAGAUCUCCGGCUGGAAGCGUUUGCAGCAAGAUGCCACAGAGGAAGAAAACUCUUCUGCAAGUCUCGUUUUCCAAUACUGCCUGCAUGCUUUCACUCCAAGGGGGACGUUUUUGAGGAAGAUGACUUGUGAAAUCUGUCAACACAGCUGACUUUACGAGGGUACCGAAUGAAGGAUGACAUGCCUUACAACGGACACUUAUCGUGAAGGGGUGGCUUUGUCCUCUGAAACUAAAACACGAACACUGUAAACACUGAUCCUGAACAGGAAUUAGGAUUAUAGGAACUGCAUCAGAAUGUUUGUUAGUCCUAGGAGAGUCAGAAAAUGCCAGUUUUUGCAGAUAUUUGCCACUUGUUUCAUACUGUGUCUCAUGAUUUUUUGGGGACCAUUUGAUAAUCACAUUGUGAGCCAUAUGAAGUCCUAUUCGUACAGAUACCUCAUUAAUAGCUACAACUUUGUGAACAACAGCCUGUCUAUCAACAGAGAUAACUUGGACAGAGUAGCAAGCUACCAGUACUUGAUCAAUCACAAGGAGAAGUGUCAGCAGCAGGAUGUCCUUCUCCUGUUGUUCGUGAAGACUUCCCCUGAAAACCGUCAUAGGAGGGAUGCCAUUCGACAGACUUGGGGCAAUGAGAAAUAUGUUCGUUCUCAACUUAAUGCCAACAUUAAAACUGUUUUUGCUUUGGGACGACCAGCGGGUCAUCCGCAGCAAGCACAGUUGCAAAGAAAACUUCAGCUGGAAGACCAGAAAUACAAUGACUUGAUUCAGCAAGACUUCUUGGAUACUUUUCACAAUCUUACUCUUAAAUUACUUCUACAGUUUAGCUGGGUGAAUGCCUACUGUCCUCAUGCCAAGUUCAUUAUGUCUGCAGAUGAUGACAUAUUUAUCCAUAUGCCAAAUCUUGUUGCUUAUCUCCAAAGUCUAGCACAGAUGGGUGUUCAAGAUCUCUGGAUUGGCCGCGUCCAUCGUGGAUCCCCUCCCAUAAGAGACAAAACUAGCAAAUACUAUGUGCCAUAUGAAAUGUAUCAGUGGCCAUCUUAUCCUGACUACACAGCUGGAGCUGCAUAUGUAAUAUCAAAUGAUGUAGCAGCUAAAGUAUAUGAAGCUUCACAGACUCUUAAUACAAGCCUGUAUAUAGAUGAUGUUUUCAUGGGUCUCUGUGCCAAUAAAAUGGGAAUUGUACCACAAUACCAUGUAUUUUUUUCUGGGGAAGGAAAGGCUCCAUAUCAUCCCUGCAUUUAUAACAAAAUGAUGACAUCUCAUGGACAUGUGGAUGAUCUUCACCAGCUCUGGAAGCAGGCUACAGAUCCCAAAGUUAAAAGGUUUUCCUCUGGGUUUUUUGGUAGAAUAUAUUGCAAAAUAGUCAAUAUUGUGCUUCUCUGUAAAUUAUACUACGAGGACACAUAUCCUUGUUCAGCUGCAUUUUCUUAAUACUUGAAUUUCUGCAUUGAAGAUCCACUGAGCCAAAGCAGAGCAAUAACUCUUUAGUUGUUUAUUCAAAAUACAUGUAAACGUGGAAAGAGGUAAAACUAAAAUGUGAAUAGUGGGUUUUUUGGGGGGUGGGGGGGAAGAGGGUGGUCCCAAGUUGUGUUCAGAAGCUCUUACUAGAACAGCUCUCUAUUGUACUGCAACUUAACAUUGUGGCCUGUUCUUCAAGGGAUACAGGUCUAGAUUAGAUAACCAUUAAAUGAACUAUAAAUGGAUUUUCACUUGGAGAUUAGUGAAAAUGCCAGUUACUUUGAAUUUAUCAGUCUUUAAGUGUGAACUAAGUUUAUGUUCUAAAAGAAUCUGGCAUAUCAAUAUGUAGAGCUUUGAAAACAAGAAAUACACAAGGAAUGGGACUAUUACAUCUGUUUAAGCCAAUGUAGAUGAGUUUAAAAAUAUUCAGCAUUUCUAAGUGCUACAUAGAAAAUAACUCUGGAUCUGUGUAAUUCAAAAAACAGUGCUAGAAGUUGAGAAAUGAGAUUGUUGUAGGUCUUUGAGUUCCCUAGGCCUUUACUGUGAUGGGGAAAUAGUGUUUGAGUGCCCUCUGAUUUGGUUCUUUUAAGUAAUGUAUGAACUCUAUUUAGAUCAAGAGUAAAUUUAAAGGGAUCAAAAUCUAGUAUUAACUAUGUAAGUGGUUUUGCUAAUCUUUAUCUGCCUUCUAAAAACUGAAGCAGUAUAUUUAAACACUCUAAUCUUUGAUUAGCAAAUAAGCUAAAUUCAGUGAGAGUGCUUUUCCUUUAACAAUGCUUCUGCUUUCCCACAUUCGUGGUUCUGAAGGUGAAAGCCAAGGAAAAGUCUGUAACAGAUUCCUUUCUCAGGAAAGUCAGUUACUUAUAGCUAUUUAGGAGCUGUAAAUGAAUUUAAAUAACAAGAUUUUGUGCCUGAAUUAACAGAGAGGAUAUUCUAUGCACAAAGUUUGACUUCACAAGGAAGGGAUAGGGAGAUGGUGACCCACAGAAACUAGAUACACAAAUCAAAACCACUAACACUUUCCCUGAAGUUUUAAGCACAAGAUCAUCUUUACAAUCUCCAAGUAGUUUGUAUCCAUAAAGCUCUCUGUCUUGAAUA